GGCUUCUUCUGGUCCCCAAGACGAUCUAAGCUAACAGUUUGAGUGGAGCAGCUAAAUAAUUUUAUCCUCCUCACCUCACCCCCACCCCUCCCCUAGGUAAAAGAUGAGAAAAAUAGUCAAGAGGUAUUUGACCUGAGUGACUAUGAGAAGUGUGAAGAACUCCGGAAAUCCAAGAGCAGGAGCAAGAAGAAUCAUAGCAAGUUUACUCUUGCCCACUCCAAGCAGCCCGGUAACACGGCACCCAACCUGAUCUUCCUAGCCGUGAGUCCAGAAGAGAAGGAAUCAUGGAUCAAUGCCCUCAACUCCGCUAUCACCCGAGCCAAGAACCGCAUCUUGGAUGAGGCUUCGACCUCUACCUCGGAUGGGAUGCUGACCUUGGACCUGAUCCAAGAGGAAGACCCCUCCCCUGAGGAGCCCACUUCUUGUGCUGAGAGCUUUCGGGUUGACCUGGACAAGUCUGUGGCCCAGCUGGCCGGCAGUCGGCGGAGAGCAGACUCAGACCGAAUCCAGCCCUCCGCAGACCGGGCAAGCAGCCUUCCCCGACCUUGGGAGAAGCCGGACAGGGGGGCCACCUACACCCCCCAGGCACCCAAGAAGUUGACCCCCACGGAGAAAGGCCGCUGCGCCUCCCUGGAGGAGAUCCUGUCUCAGCGGGACACAGCCCCAGCCCGCGCCCUCCAGCUGCGGGCCGAGGAACCUCCGACGCCUGCCGUCCCCCACCCCGGACAGCUGUCCCGGAUCCAGGACCUGGUAGCAAGGAAACUGGAGAAGACUCAGGAGCUGCUGGCAGAGGUUCAGGGACUGGGAGACGGGAAGCGAAAGGCCAAGGACCCCCCUCGGUCUCCGCCUGACUCUGAGUCAGAGCAGCUGCUGCUGGAGACGGAGCGGCUGCUGGGAGAGGCGUCAUCCAACUGGAGCCAGGCGAAGAGGGUGCUGCAGGAAGUCAGGGAGCUGAGAGACCUGUACAGGCAGAUGGACCUGCAGACCCCCGACUCCCAACUCAGACAGACCGCCCCACACAGUCAGUACCGGAAGAGCCUGAUGUGAAGGAGGGGGCAGUCUGGAACUCGUGGGAGUGGACAGACUCUUAUCUCCCAGGUUGCGGGACAAAGCUUUUUUAUUUACCUCAAUCAAAAAAAACCACAAAAAACCCAACUCGUUGCUCUUGCUGAUGCCUGAUGCCCCCUUAACCCUUCUUUCCCAGCCUACUUUCCUCACUUCCCUCAGAUUUGAAGGGGGGAGGUCCCGGUAGUGAUAUUAAGAGGUCUUCACCUGGCCAGCAAGAGAGAAAGGGCACUAAAGACACAGCCUGACCAUUCUGUACACACACCCCACCCCCAGCUGUCGUGGGAAUGUAUUCUGCUCCCAAGUGUAUGGGUAGGCUUCAAAACCUAGGGGGCGGAGGGGGAGAUGAAGGACAUUUUCUCUUAUGUCCCAUUCCAAGCCUUCAGUUUGAGGGUGAAAUUUCAGCUGCCCAAUUCUAGUUCUAGGGAUGGGGAGGCCAGGGCCACCUGUCCACGCACAUAGGAGGAGUGAAAUUUAUCCCAGCCCUGAGGAGAGGAUUUGUGGAAUUCAGAUCUUCCCUGCUCCUCCAGACACUGGCUUCUCACUCAGAGGAGUCUCCGAUUGGGCUGGAGAUGCCUGGAUCUUAUUUACGAUGUUUCUGCCCUUCUCUUCCACUGCCUUCCCAGUACUGAUGCAAAGGUACAACCCCGGAUGGAUGGGGCCUGCCUAGUUAUUUCACUUGGGGGGGAGCCUAGGACAGGGAAACUAGAGACAGCUGACCCCACGGAAGAACGGAACUAAGAAUGAAACUGAUUUGUGACGCAGGCUGGGUAGCAUGAAGGGGAAAACCAAAUGUGUCCAGGUUCCGCUUUCAGCCAAGCUAGGGUUUCCUGUAGCCUCUCCCACUCCUUCCUCAAGCUUCUCUCCCAACGCCAAUCAAGCCCCAACUCGAGCAAAACACGCUCACCCCGGCCACCCUUCCUAGGCACCUUGAGAGCUGCCAGGCUUCCUUGCAUUCUUGUCUAUGGUAGGGACUGCACAACUCAUUUUGCUUGUUUGCGUCUUUCCUCUGAAGUUUCUGAGAUCAGAUUUAAUAGCAGUGAUAUGGUCCAGAGAAGAGUUGUGAAUGCGAGAUGUGAGUGAUUGGAAAGAACGGGAAAACCUCAUGAAUCUAGUCAGCAAGGGGUUAAAAGACAUUUUGAAGUUUA